AUGAAGCAAGAUGGUUUGCCUACAAGAAUCAAGAAAAAUAGAAAGAAACGCGGACAUGUUUCUGCAGGGCAUGGACGUAUCGGUAAACAUCGCAAACAUCCAGGAGGAAGAGGUCUUGCAGGUGGUCUACAUCAUCACCGUACCAAUAUGGAUAAAUAUCAUCCAGGGUAUUAUGGUAAAGUUGGUAUGAGAUAUUUUCAUUUAACCAAACAACAAUAUCAUUGCCCUAUUGUCAAUUUGGACAAAUUAUGGACUUUGGUAUCUGAACAAACGAGAACUACUUACGCCAAGAAGAAAGAUGUUGUACCCGUUAUUGAUACUUUAAGAGCGGGAUAUGGUAAAAUAUUAGGUAAAGGUAAAUUACCUAAUCAACCCUUAAUUGUAAAAGCGAGAUAUGUUUCUAGAAGAGCUGAAGAAAAAAUAAAGAAAGUUGGUGGUAUCGUUCAAUUAGUAGCAUAA